AUCCCCAUACAAUCACCGAUAGACCCUGCUCUCGGAAAAUCCGUUCUUUGAGCCUCCAUGGAAGUCGCUUUUCAACCUUCCCCUGCUCUUCUCUGUCACAGACAAUCGAGGCUUCCCUCAACGUCUUCUUUUUCGCCGGCAAAUGACGGUGAAUCACUGAAUCUGUUCAAUUAUAAGGGAUUCUCUAUUGGGUGCUCUCUUGGCAAAUGGCCCAUUUUUGGAAAUUUAAGUCAUUCGGCUCGUCAUAGAGUGUUUUGCAUUCGAGGGCAGAAUGGUGGAUUAUCGUGGUGUGACUUUGAUGCAAAAGAGAAGUUUGGAAGAUCAUGUUAUGAUAUUAGAUUGCAUAAACAGCAUAGGCUGACCAGGUAUACAGUUCUACGAUCUGCUGCUGGUGCUGACUAUCCAUUUCCAGAACCAAACAUGGUCUCAAAACUAAGGGGAAUCGGCUUUUGUGCCGUUACUGCUUUCAAUGCCAUUUAUCUCUUUGUGCUGAUGCUGAUACUCCAUCCUCUUGUUCUGUUGUUGGAUCGGUACAAAAGAAAAGCUCAUAUUUUUAUUGCCAAGGUUUGGGCCACUGCUACUGUUACACCAUUUGUUAGGAUCAAGUAUGAGGGACUGGAGAAUUUGCCUUCUCCAGAUACUCCUGCCGUGUAUGUUUCCAACCACCAGAGCUUUUUAGACAUCUAUAUUCUUUUCACAAUUGGGCGACCCUUUAAGUUUAUCAGCAAGACUAGCAUAUUUCUCUAUCCCGUUAUUGGGUGGGCCAUGUUUCUGAUGGGUGUAAUUCCUUUAAAGCGCAUGGACAGCAAAAGCCAGUUGGAAUGCCUUAAGCGUUGCAUAGAGCUUAUUAAUAAGGGGGCUUCUGUCUUUUUCUUCCCUGAGGGGACACGCAGCAAAGAUGGAACAUUAGGUGCUUUUAAGAGAGGUGCCUUCAGUGUUGCAGCGAAAACCAAGGUACCAGUAGUGCCCAUUACCCUUAUAGGAACUGGAAAAAUCAUGCCUCCGGGAAGGGAGGAUAUCUUGAAUACUGGAGCUGUUAAAGUCGUUAUUCAUAAACCUAUAGAAGGACAUGAUACAGAAGUACUGUGUAGUGAAACUAGAAACGUAAUCGCUGGUGCACUUGAUCGUCAAGGCUGAUCUAUCGACUGCCAUUUGUUCUGUUUGGUUUCUAUGGUUCGAUACUCGGUCCUUUUUGUGGGAUUGAAGAAAUAUAGUCUGAAAGGUUGUGGAUAGCUGAUGACACAGGACAAUAAAACUGCAUCUGAAUCUGAAGCGAUCGAGCAUGGAACGUCUCUUUGCCUGAGGCUGUCCGUCCCAUACUUACAAACUUGCAAGCGCCGCGGCCUACGGUAAACAUCUGCAUCCCGACAGCCACAAAGAAGCGAGCGGUUGGCCGGACCCCGGGCCUUGGGAGUUUUUGAGCAGUGUAGGCUUCAACUGUUUGUUUUUUUUGGAGGGAAAUAUCCUCCCACGUUGAUAUUCUGAAUGCCGAUCCCAUUGAGCUCGAUGUUAUAUUAUAUUAUUAUAUUUAUAUUGUACGUCUUUGAAUUUGGAUAGGUGUCGUGGAUGCUGCUAAGAAUAUAAUUGCAAAGAAAAUUAUUGUGUCUUUCACUUUCA